ACUCGUGUUGUUAAGCAAUGUCAAAAAUUAGCACUCAAUAUUUCUCUAUUUUCAUUGAGACACAACAUACUGUAGUUACGCAUUAGUUAAACAAAAGGAACAUCGCAUUGGAAUUGGGAGACUUAGAUGCAUAUAGAAGCUUAAAGACAAGAACAGAUAGUUGAAAACUCCUUGAAUACAUAACCAGGCAUGGCCUACUGUCAAGAAUAUGACCCAAAAGACUCGAACAACGAUAGUGACUUUUCCGUCAGUUAUAAAUCAGACAAGAUUUUGGUGGCAGCCAUUGACUUUGGAACUACGUUUUCCGGGUACGCUUUUUCUUUCAAGUCCUGGUUUGAAACCGAUCCCAAUAAGAUAGUUACCAACUCGACAUGGGUAGCUGGACAGAAAAAUUUAAUAUCAUUAAAAACACCAACAUGCAUCCUGUUACAACCUAAUAAAUCAUUUCACUCUUUCGGAUACGAAGCUGAGGAGAAGUAUGCGGAGCUAGCUUUGGAGGAAGAACACGAAGACUGGUACUUCUUCAAGAGAUUUAAAAUGUCCCUGUUUAAUAAUACUACUUUGUCAAGACACACUGAGAUACCAGAUGAUUCAGGGAGGAAGAAGAUGCCAGCCCAAAUAAUCUUUAGUCACGGGAUACGUUUUUUAAAGGACCACCUUGUUAAACAUCUUGAGUCCAGUCACACGGGUCUUAGUGAAAGUGAUAUUCAUUGGGUUCUCACUGUACCAGCGAUCUGGAAUGAUAGUGCCAAACAAUUCAUGCGAGAAGCGGCUUCACAGGCUGGAAUAAAAGACACCCAUUUGAUGAUUUCCUUGGAACCAGAGGCCGCAGCCAUGUAUUGUAGAAUACUUCCGGUUGAAAAGUUCAUUUCCGGUGGUGGUGGUAAUUUGGGAGUAUUCAGACCUGGUUCAAAAUAUAUGGUUGCUGAUCUAGGCGGUGGCACUGUGGAUAUUACUGUACAGGAAGUUCUGGAAAAAAACACCCUAAAGGAACUUCAUAAGGCAAGUGGAGGGGCAUGGGGAGGAACGAAAGUAGAUGAAAAUUUUAUGCAGAUGAUCGUUAAAAUUGUCGGCGAACCGGUCAUCAAAAAGUUCAAGUGCGAUAGCAAAUCUGAUGAACUUGAUCUACUUCGAGAAUUCGAGAUAAAGAAACGUUCUAUCCGUCCCGAUACUUCUGGUAAAACUGCAUUCCGAAUGCCCAUAUCUUUAACGGAAGCUUUCGAAGAGAUAAAUAAUGUAGAUUUGAGACAAAGCAUUAAGCAGACGCCAUAUGCCAAACACAUGAACUGGGUCGGGGACAAGUUAAAAGUGGAUAAUGGGAUGAUCAAGGAACUUUUUUCUAAAGUUUCCGAUAGUAUCGUCCAACAUUUAAAAGAUAUUCUAAACAAUCCUGUUAGUCAAGGUGUCGACACAAUCUUGAUGGUAGGGGGUUUCUCAGAAUGUGCAAUGAUACAGGAAGCACUCAAGACAAACUUUUCUCAUAUGAAAAUUAUCAUUCCGGAAGAUGCUGGUUUGGCAGUAGUGAAAGGAGCAGUAUUGUUUGGACACAAUCCCGCUACAAUUGUGUCCCGGAAGGCGAAGUAUACAUACGGAGUCAAAACAACGCGAGACUUCAUCGAGGGUGACCCACGAGACAAGAAAUUUCAAGUCAACGGACGUGACAAAUGUCGUGACGUCUUUGAUAAACACGUGGUAGUAGGUCAAACGGUCAAGGUUGGGGAAUCUUUAAAUCCCCAGUCAUAUUUUCCUCUGAACAGCGACGUUAAAGAAGUAGUGAUUCCCGUGUACAUGUCUACUGACGAUGAUCCCAGCUAUACCACUGAACCAACAUGUAACUACUUAGGAAAGAUCGAAGUACCUCUCCAAGGUUCAUCUGUGAAAGACAAAGAAAUAAUAGUCCAGAUGACCUUUGGAGGGACCGAAAUCACAGUAGAAGCCGAAGAAAAGAAAACAAGAAAAAAGUUAAAAGCCAAGUUUGAUUUUCUUGAUCACUGAAGAAUGUUGUUUUUUAUUUCUCGUUUUUGUACCCUGUUUUUUAGUUUUUGGUUCUGGUUAUUAACCAACUCACAUAUUUAACAUUUAAGAUUUCAAGUUUUCGUGACUACAUCUGAUUAUUAAUGUUUUAAUAUAGUACACCUACAAAUUAAAAACAGGAUUUAACGAUGAAACCUUUUAAAAAGAUAUUUUCUAACUAUAGUUUGUUUCAAACUAACACUUGUCCAGUUCCUUUGUAGAUUUUGAGCGCAAGUAUGGAAGAUAGGAUUGAUUGAUUGCUGUAUAUUAGUUUGUUUAAAGUUAAACUGGUUCCCUGUCAUUUAUCUGUUUGGCUCUGACAGAUAUAAGUUGACAACAAAAGUAUCUGAGAUACCUGUAUGUUGCAAGGGAGAGGACCAGCCCAUAUAUUAGUUUGAUUAAAGUGACAAUAAUUGCAGUGAAUUGUUACGUUUAAAAGGAAGAUUCUGUUACAGAGUUUUUCGUUAUUGACCCCAGGGCUCUCACUCGUCUAAACUCGAUCAAUUCCGUUCCUCCUUCAAACGGAUAGGAGAGUAGCGGAUUUACCCGAUGAUUGCCCAUUGGGAGGCUCUGUGUGUUUAUGGUGUCCCUUUAGCUUAUAUAUGCAAGUGUCUUAGACGUUAAAAAGAGACGUGUAGUUUUCGAUAAAAACAAGUGCUUUUCUGUGACAUCCAAACCUCUUAGUGCAUCAGAAACAAAAGUACAAUAAAUUUAAGAAAUUAUUAUUAUAGCAUUUGGUCAAUUUUUUUUUAUAAAAUACUCCGUUCUAGGCAGCCGUGUUAGAAUACGUUUUUUGUUUGUUUUAAUUGUUUUGUAUUUUAAAUGACAUAUUACUUUCCGAGUUUUUAGAAUGUUUUUAAUAUAUUUCAUUUAUAGUAAGAGAAAAUAAAAAUAGAAAAAAAAUAGAAUAAAUAAAAGACGGAUACGCGAAAUUAAUCUGUGAUACGUAGUUAUUUUACUUAUGUGUUCCCUUUAUCAUGUUUAUUGUAUGUAUAUAUAACUUUUAUAAAUAUGAAUUGAAUUUAGAUUACAUGUAUAUACUUUUAGUCUUUUAGAUUUGAUAGGAUUAAUAUAUCUUACAUAAUAAAUGUAAAAACAA